AUGCCUUCGCUAACGAGUAUUUUCGGCGAUACCAACUUAGAGGGAGUUAUAUUCCAGCAAGACAAUGCACCUUGUCAUAAGCCAGCGACUACGAUGCGUUGGUUUACUGAAAACAACAUUGACUUGUUUGAUUGGCCAGCGCAAUCACCAGAUUUGAACCCAAUUGAACAUCUUUGGAGCAUUUCGAAGCGCAAGAUUAAAGAGCAUAGUAUUACAUCGAAAACGGCAUUAAAAAAUGCGUUAGUACAAGAAUGGCAUGCCAUUACAAGGGAGGAUUGUACUAACUUGUACGCAGCAUGCCAGCUAUAA